UUCCCUAUGUCCCUGCUCCCUUCUCGGUAGUGGUGUGUACGUUGCGCGCGUACAGUGGCCUUUUGCUGGUGGUGUGUUGGUGCCUGUGAAAGCCAUCGGGCGAGGAACAACACACGAGUGAAAAGGCACCCCAGAGUCGGACGCGGCGGAAGAGACCUUACAAGGACGUGGAAGCUGGAGUUACGAAGACAAGCCACCCAGACCGUUGUUCCGUGCCGGCAACGACGAGGCGGUCGGGAUGUCCUCGCAUCAGGAUAUAAUGUGUGAGGUGGAGAUACCGGACGCAGGAAUGGUCGAGGUCGUCGAUAGCAGCGGGUUCGGGGCCAGCAUCGACUACGAUCAGUACGAGGUGGGCGUCGGGGAUGCCCAUUACGAGGAGGUGACCUGCGAAACGGAGGGUUCGCUGAUGCAUCAUCGGAUGCACCCGGACGAUGACGAGGAAAUGAUGCACCACGAGGCGGACAUGCAGACGCACGAAGAGGUUCUCGACUCGUCCGGAGAUCCGAUGUGUGUUUACAGUGACAUUAACUUGGAGAACGAGAUCUACAUCGAGUCGACGCCGGGACCAUCGUCGCGAAAGCGGAAAUCCCUCAAACAACCGCGCAGCACGUUCGGUAUGGGCAACCGGAUUCGGGCGAACGAUGGCAACAACCACAGUAACCACCACAGUCGGCACAGUCUACACCAAGGCCUGACCGCGGUCGAGCAGCUGGAAGUGAGUACGAAGCGGCGCCGCUGGGAGCAGAAACAGGUGCAGAUCAAGACGAUGGAAGGCGAGUUUAGCGUGACGAUGUGGGCCUCUGGCACGGACGAUGACGAUGGCUCGAACCCGGAACCGGACCCAGACUACACCGAGUACAUGACGGGCGGGACGGGCAAAAAGUCCGACUGCAUACCGGGGAUCGAUCUUUCCGAUGCGAAGCAACUGUCCGAAUUCGCCCGCCCAGCGCACAAAACGAAAGGCUCGAGCAGCGGAAAGCUGCUGUCCUCUCCGUCUGCCGGACUCAACUCGAGCAACCUAUCGGCAUCAGAUUUGGCGCUGGGCGCUGUUGGCGAUGCCAGGAGCACCAGUGGCAAUUCCUCGUCGGAUCUAACCGAACGCAACAUUGCCUGCCCGCACAAAGGGUGCAACAAAAUGUUUCGCGACAAUUCAGCCAUGCGCAAGCACCUGCACACGCACGGUCCGCGGGUGCACGUGUGCGCGGAGUGCGGCAAAUCGUUUGUGGAAAGCUCGAAACUGAAGCGCCACCAGCUGGUGCAUACGGGCGAGAAACCAUUCCAGUGCACGUUCGAGGGCUGCGGGAAGCGGUUUUCGCUCGACUUCAACCUGCGGACGCACGUCCGGAUACACACCGGCGAUCGGCCGUACGUCUGCCCGUUCGAUGGGUGCAACAAAAAGUUUGCCCAAUCGACCAACCUCAAAUCUCACAUCCUCACGCACGCGAAAGCGAAGCGCAACAAUGGCGGCGGUGGCGGCAGCAGUCGGAACAGUAGCAGUAACAGCAACAGCAACAACAGCCACCUGCACCAUCAGCAGCAGCAAGCGGCGGCGGCGUCCUCGCCGCACCACGCGUUGCUAGGGCCAUCGUCGUACGUGAAGAUGGAAGCGGUGGAGAUCGAGAAUGACGCCAAUCAGUACAUCAUCUACACGGAUUAAGGGACAGGAGGGCUGGAAUUUUAGGCGCGGCGGGCGGACGGACAGUGCCCGGCGAUGAUGUUCGUCCUGUGAUACCAUAAAGAGAGCGAGAGAAAGGGGGAAGCGAGUCAUGGAGACCGUACGCAUGGACCAACAAAGCACAGAGAUCAAUGCAAUACGAUGCAUUUCCGGUUGCUUUAUUCCGUUUGUACUCUCCAGUUUUGUUUACUUUUCCAAUCAAUCAUCCAUUCAAUUCUUAUUGCCAUAAAAAGGAGCUCCAGCGUUCGCAGAAGGGACGAGAGCGAGCGAUACACUGACCCCGAAUGUAGUAGCUUUUAGGUCAGACAGCCGGAUUAAGGACCGCGGCUCGAAUGCUCAGGAUAAGAGGUAGCGAUACGUUUUUUACGCUUUUUAGAUGAGAUGCAAUUAAUACGAGAAAAGCGCAGGGAACGAACACCUAUCAGAAGUAUUUUGUUUUAAGUUAAUGUACUCGGUCUAAAGCUUUCAUAAGAGUGGAGGAGAUGGGAGAUGGACUUGCGCCGCACGAUGAAGGGUCUGUCGCUCGCGAAGAAGUAGUCAGAAUUGGGCAUUGUGUUUUCCCCGUCACCGUGAUUCGGUUCUUUUGAAGUAUUGGUCCUAAGCAACGAAGCAAUCCCACGUGAGGAUCCCAUCAAUGUACUAAAACCUGGAAGAGUGCCCAAAGAAUCCUUUCUUUGGAAACACGAAAGUUUAUUCAGUCAUUUUUCAUUAUUAUGAAUAUCUUCAUUAUUUGUAAGGAUUCCAAAAUGUAAGAUGUAAAUACAAGACUUUUUGAAAUACCGGGACACCCAAAGGAAUGCAGGGAUCAUCCAUCCAGCACGACUUCUUAGGGCAAUUCAAAUCCCGUUUGUGCAGAAACUCGAUCAAACGGAGGAAGGUAUAGAAUUUUGUUGUGGCCCGUCGUUAGCACAGGUCCGUUUACGAUCAUAGGCUGUCUCUCGCCCAACAUUGGGUCCCCAUAAAAUGUGCGGGAUCAGUGAUGCGGAAGCUUCGAAUUCAUACAAUUUUACAUGAAAUUAUUGUUUUUCAUAUUUUUUAUAAUUUUUUGUAAUUUUUCAAAAUUUUGAUUUUCAAUUCCAUAAUUUUUUUGUUUUCUCAUAAUUCACUAACAAAUUAAUGAUCUUAAGUCGAUCAUAGAACUUACCGAUCGACUCACCGGGUUGCGAUUAAGCAAAUAAUGCAGAAUUUUUUUAAUUUAUUUUUAACAAAAUUUCCACAUUUAACAAACAAACUCUCGAAGUCAGAAAGGAUCACUACUUGGUUCUUCACGCCCUAUUAGACUAUUUAGUUCUAUGGCAAUGGAGGGAAAGUACAUAAGAGCAAAUGCAAAGGGCCAAAACAACGAUUAACAAUAACGGCUAGAACCAAGUGAUACGAAGCGAUGUAGCGAUCGGAGAUGAUCGUUGGGUCCCCGUUUUCGUUCCCGAAACCGACACAACCAAACAUUGCGCGAUCGGUCCUAAGAUAUUGUGUAUAUUUUUAAGAUAGCUCUCCGAUAAGCUUGUAAAUAGGUGGUAUCCCAGAGACUCGAUGCAGUAUCAGACACGGUUUGAGCUAACAACAAGCCACAGGUUCAGAUCCGAAUGGAACAGAGGCAGCAGUCAGUUAGUCGUAUAGAAUGCUCUAUUAGACUUUUUGUAGUAAUAUGCGGAGAGUAGUUCAACGAGGGACCUUCUUGUGGUUGCUUGCCUAAGACAGAUCCGCGAGAAACAAUUCGACGAUUGUGUCGCUUUCCUCACUGACUGCGGAACCGGAAGGCUGUAUGUGUGCAUGUGUGUAUGUAUGUACAGUAGGUGUGUCUAGGGAGGGGAACGAUGCGUGGCCACUAUUCGCCAAUUUUGCCUGCGACCUUCUCUUCGGAGCAGAUAUUUCCCGGGUGGUGAAAACGAGAGGAUUAGAGCAUUAGUAGUCUUACACAACACAAAUACCGUGUAAUGAUGAUACUAAAAUUAGUUUGGUAAGAUUUUUUGAAUUAUCCGUAACGCUUGAGGAAUUAGAGAUGAAUGUGAACGAAGAAAGCGUAUGCGUGUGUGAGAGGAAAAAAGGUAAUGUUUAAUAUAUCGAAAGUACAGAGAGAGAGAAAGAGAGCGAUAGAGGGAGAAAGUG